AUGGGUCGGGGAUUAAGGCAUGGAGACGCAGACUGGGGAUUUAAGCAUGGUGACAUGGGUCGAGGAUUAAGACAUGGAGACGCAGACUGGGGAUUUAGGCAUGGUGACAUGGGUCGGGGAUUAAGACAUGGAGACGCAGGCCGGGGAUUUAGACAUGGUGACAUGGGUCGGGGAUUAAGACUUGGAGACGCAGACUGGGGAUUUAGACAUGGUGACAUUGGUCGGGGAUUAAGACAUGGAGACGCAGGCCGGGGAUUUAGACAUGGUGAUAUGGGUCGGGGACUAAGACAUGGAGACGCAGGCCGGAGAUUUAGACAUGGUGACAUGGGCCGGGAGUUCAGACACAGCCCCGGAAUUCAGACACGAGAACGUGGGGGUUUAGACACCAAAAGUCCAGAUGAUUCAGGAAGUGAACACGGUGAUGACACAGGAAGUGAACACGGUGAUGAUCCAGGAAGUGAACACGAUAAUGACACUAGAAGUAAACACGGUGAUGACACAGGUAGUGAACACGGUGAUGACACAGGAAGUGAACACGAUGAUGACACUAGAAGUGAACAUGGUGAUGACAAAGGAAGUGAACACGAUGAUGACACUAGAAGUGAACACGGUGAUGACAAAGGAAGUGAACACGGUGAUGACACAGGAAGUGAACACAGUGAUGACAAAGGAAGUGAACACGGUGAUGACACAGGAAGUGAACACGUUGAUGACACAGGAAGUGAACACGGUGAUGACAAAGGAAGUGAACAUGGUGAUGACACAGAAAGUGAACACGGUGAUGACACAGGAAGUUAA